AGAACUUCCACUCUUCAGUCGCGUGUCUUGAAUCGUCACCCCUGAGCGUAGCCCAACCUGAGCUCGCUGCUCUUCGUCCCUGUUCACAAUGCGCUUCGCAGCUCUGGUUAUAGGCCUGUUGGCCACCUUUGUGUCGUCCGUGGCCGCCACGGCUCUGACCUACCGACUUGAGGCCAACGAGAAAGCUUGUUUCUACAACUAUGUUGACCAGAGGAACGUCAAGGUUGCUUUCUACUUUGCUGUCCAAUCGGGCGGUUCCUUCGAUAUCGAUUACUCCGUUGUCGGCCCCGGCGAAAAGGUGGUCCUAGACGGCACCAAGGAGAGACAAGGCGACUUUGUGUUCACGGCCCAGAGCAUUGGGGAGUACCGGUUCUGCUUCGACAAUGACAUGUCGACCUUCGCUGAGAAGAUUGUGGAUUUCGAGAUUGCGGUCGAAAACGAAGAACGCGCACAGCUUCCUUCCCGUCAGGGUGCUAGCCCCGAGCAGGCGUCUGCGCUGGAGGAGUCGAUCUUCAAGUUGUCCGCUCAACUUUCCACCAUCACCCGGAACCAGAAGUACUUCCGUACUCGGGAGAACCGUAACUUUAGCACUGUCCGUAGUACGGAGCGUCGGAUCUUCAACUUCAGCGUGAUCGAGGGUUUGAUGAUGGUUUCGAUGGCUGCUCUGCAGGUCUUCAUCGUCCGGUUCUUCUUCCAGGGCGCACGGAAAGGUUACGUGUGAUGAGCGAGCAUGAAAAUUUCUUCUGUCCUUUGAUUGUGGCGUCUGUUUGUAUCUACCCGCUGUUGUAGGGAUCUAGAGUUUUCUCCUGAUAAUGGAGCUGGUCAAUUAGAACACCUUGGUACCAUGUGAA